CACAGCUGAGGGCAUUGAUGUGAGCGCAGAGGCUUUCAGUUUUUUUACGCGCACUUCUUCCCCCAUCUCUCACCCUCACACACGGAGCACAAAUCCACCUUCUCACCUUUAGUUUAGCGCGUGUCUGUGUUUCCUUUUUCCUUUUCCUCCUCCCUUUUAUGAAUGAUUCUCUCUCGCAGUGUUGCUGUUAAACUAUCCUCGGAUACUUCGCCGUCCUCGUCCGCACAGACUCACCUCGGCACAUCUUCUCUGCUCAAGUUCAAACGCCACCAGGACUUUCACUGCAGCUUCAGACGCACUUGGGGGAAAUAUCACUCGACGAGGAAAAACUUGAUACUCUGUGCAGCAGCAGCAGCCGACGCGACCGUCAACAUGAGUCUGAAAGCUGACGCAGAGCCGAAUAACAACGUUUCCAUCGAGGAGGAGGUACGAACACUGUUUGUCAGUGGCCUACCGGUCGAUAUCAAGCCACGGGAACUUUACCUUCUCUUCAGACCUUUUAAAGGUUAUGAAGGGUCACUGAUUAAGUUAACAUCAAAACAGCCUGUCGGGUUUGUAACCUUUGACAGUCGGUCUGGAGCUGAAGCUGCAAAAAAUGCACUAAAUGGAAUCCGUUUUGACCCUGAAAGUCCCCAGACCCUGCGCUUAGAGUUUGCUAAAGCCAACACGAAGAUGGCAAAGAGUAAGCUGAUGGCCACACCGAACCCCACAAAUAUCCACCCUGCUCUAGGAGCACACUUCAUUGCACGGGACCCAUAUGAUCUGACUGGGGCAGCACUGAUCCCAGCGUCACCGGAUGCGUGGACUCCUUACCCUCUGUAUACCACUGAGCUGACUCCAGGCCUCCCUCACGCAGCCUUCACUUACCCAGCGGCCGCCGCUGCAGCCGCAGCCCUCCACGCCCAGGUGAGGGACCAACCGAUGCGCUGGUACCCUACUCCCUCUGAGACUUCCCAGCCUGGAUGGAAGUCCCGGCAGUUUUGUUAGAUAUUUAGCCUCUGGAAGCCACACCUUUGUCCAGCUGAAGUGAGGUUUGCCAAGCUCUGCAUUAAUUUAAUCAGUUUAUUUAAUGGACAAAUGUGCAUUACUAUAAGCAAACAGUAUUUAUAUCUCCUUCCGAUUGUCUCUGGGGGAGCCUGAGUUAAGACCAGUUUGCUGUCGACAAUCUGAGCUUAUCCUUGGCAACUAUUGUGGUACCAUCUUAGCACUUCAAAAAAAAAAACCUCAUGCAAAACCUUUUCAAACUCCAUGGCUCAUAAUUGCUGAGGAAAAUUGAUGCAUUGAAGCAACUGUUGUUAAGCUAGUCCUUCCCUGAGUUACCGCUGCUCCUGGGAGGUUUAGAAGCGUUAUAAGUGAUUGCAUGUUAAAGUCUUUUUGGCAUGAAUUUAGAACGCAGAGUUCUGUGUAUCCUAAUUUUCUUAGUGUAUGUGUUGCCGCUUUUCCUUGGCCUAGACAGCGAAAUGUUUUGUUUAUCUGUAGAACCUUGGUCUUACCUCUGUGAAAGCUAGGCUGUUGUGUAAAUGGCUUAUCUCGCAUGGACCUUGUGAAUGCAUCCCUAUGUUCUGACAAUCCCAGUCCUUAUGAUCAUAUCAAUGUUUGUCAUUAUUUGAGUAAAGGAAAGUACAAAUAUUUUUGUACUUUUUGCAUAAUGUAUAUUUAUGCAUUUUUGUGCAACUAAAUAAUGAACCUGUAUAAGUUGUAUGUUUAGUCGUCUCUUGUGUUUUUGGUGUUUUUGAGCCUAUAAUCCUGUUGAAGUAGUUUUAAAGAAGAAAAAGUGCAAUUUGUUUAAAGGGGAAGUGGGUAUCUGUCAAAACAUGGAAGUAUUCUGAACGUGGCUUGUGCCAUUCUGCUAAAAUGAGAUUGCUGUAAAAUGAUCUGUCAGAAUGUGAAACUGGACUACAAACAAAGGGUUGCUUUUUUGGGGGGGGUGGGGGCAUUUUGAAAUGGGAAGCAGGAUUAGACUGAUGGAGGAAUUUAGUUUGUGGUUUAGAACCUGUUUGUCUUUGUAUCUGCUGUGCAUAAGAUGUAAAAAAUGAUAAUCCCAUCUUAUGAAUAAAAAGUGAAUGCAUAUAUCUGGACAUCUGUCAUUUCUCACAGAGUCAAGUCGGUCGCUAAAGUUAAACGCUCCAACGCUAUGCUAACUCAAAGAAACAUCAGAUGUUGGCAUCAAUAAUUCAUACGAACUUUUCAUUUGUGAUGCACCACUGCAUUAAUGUCUGUUUGCGUCAUAUGUGGAGCUGACCUCCACACUCUGCCUUCAUUAGCUGCUAAAAUGCUCUGCUCAACCUACCGUGAUGGAUCCUCCAGGGACUCUUAAGCAACUCUUCUCAAUAUGACCAGCUGCCUAAUUGAAGUGGUGCUGGUGGUAACUAUUUAUAUUUGACAAUAUUGUGCUAAUUAAGCGACAGUGCCAUGAAAAAGUAUUUGGCCUUUGUUUGUUUGGGGGGGGCACAUUUGUCACACUAAAUGUUUCAGACAAUCAAAGGAAAAUUUAAUACCAGGUAAAUAUGACCCUAAUAAAUACAAAGUGCAGUUUCUAAAUGAUUUUUAAGUGAAAAAAGCUUUUACAAACAUUCCCUGGACAUGUCAAAUGUGAUAGACUCCCAUUGUUAAAUGAAGAUUUUGUUUUAUUAUUUUCAAUGGCCACACCCACGUCAAAUUACUGCCAGACCUUCUGAACCAAGUCAAAAAUCAAAAAUCCCUUAAAUUGGAACCUGUCUGAUAAAGUGAAGCAGGUUAAAGCAAACAAACGCAUUAUGCUACGAUCUAAAUGAAUGACCAGUAGUCAUUGAUGCCUGUCAGUCUGUAAAGGGUUACAAAGCAGUUUGUAGGCUUUGGGACUCAAUAAGCCACGGUAAGGGCAAUUAUCAACGGAUAAAGAAAACUGGCGAACUGAACUUUUUGAAAGGUUUGAGUUCUGCUCUGGUAUAAAAUUAGCAUAUUUUACAAAACAUCACAAAAACGUGGUGGUAGUGUGACUGUCUGAGGCUGCUUUGCCGCUUCCUGAAGGAGAAUAUCUGGCCAUCGCUUCAAUCAUUGAAGCUCAAGCACACUUGAUUUGCAGCAGGACGACGAGUCAAAACAUACGGUCCACAUGUGGAUGGUUCAAAAGUAAGUUUUUGGUGUGGCGUAGUCAAAGUCUGGAGUUGAACCUAAUGAAAUGCCGUUUGUGAUAGAAAACCCUCCAGUGUGUCUGAAUGAAUUCUCUAAAGAAAAUUGGGCCAAAAUUCCCCAAGUGAUGUCAAAGACUCAUCGCCAGUUAUCACAAAUGUUUUCCUGCAGUUCUUGCUGACAAGGGUGGAAGAACCAUUUGUUGGGUUUUUCAUGUAAGCCCAGCUAAGUUUG